UUUGAACGCAACACCAGCAUCGAUUAUAUCGAUUGCGCUCACACGGCACGGAGCUCGCUGGUAACAACAGCAUCACACACACAGGAGCGCUUGUGAGUGAAAACCACCGCAGAGAUGACAAUUAAAAACGCUCUCCGGGAUUAUGGACAGAGGUACCGACCGCGGAUGGCUUGUCUCAGAAAGGCAGAGAAGGUGCUGCUGGAGAUGCAGGACCCCUGCACAGGGGUGAAGUCGCAGCCUCAGAGACUCGUUAUCACCAUCAUACCCCAUGCUAUCACUGGUGAAGAUAUAAUUGCAUGGUUGGCUGACAGAUUUCAAAUAGAUCCUCAAGAGGCCAGCAGCUUUGGCUCCAUGCUGGUGGCCCUGGGAUACAUCUACCCUUUGCAAGACCACAAGCGAUUAGUGAUCAAACCAGACACCUCCCUGUAUCGCUUCCAGACGCCAUAUUUCUGGCCCACUCAGCAGUGGCCCGUUGAAGAUACAGAUUAUGCAAUCUACUUAGCAAAGAGAAACAUCCGUAAGAAAGGAAUCCUGGAGCUUCACGAGCAGGAGCAAUACAACCAUCUUCACAAGUGGAUGAACCACAAGUGGGAUUUCAUCGUCAUGCAAGCUAAAGAACAGUACAGAGCUGCAAAAGAGAGGAAGAAGCCGGACCGUGUGGUGUUUGACUGCCAGGAGAGAGCCUACUGGGUGGUUCACAGACCUCCGCCGGGGACGGUGAGCGCCAUGGACUACGGGCUGGCUCGAAGGACAGAUCCUAAUGCACACGAGACCCAAACGCCCGACGACUACGAGAGAAUUAUGAUCUUCACCCAGCAGUCCAUCAUGAGACCCAGAGUGAAGUCAUCUGUGUCCAUCGGCGCACUGGUGAAGUACUGCGCCACCUACAGUGGUCACGACCCGUUUCUCUCCAAGUGCCUCCCCAGCAACCCCUGGCUCACUGACGACACCACGUUCUGGACCCUGAACAUGCCCAACGUGGAAGUACCCACCAAGAUGCGUGUGGAGCGGUGGACGUUCAGCUUUAAAGAGCUGCUCUCGGACCCUCGAGGACGAGACGAUUUCCGACUCUUCCUGAAGAAAGAAUUCAGCGGAGAGAACUUGGCGUUCUGGGAAGGCUGUGAAGAUCUGAAGUGGGGCACUGCUGUGGCGAUGAAAGAGAAAGCAGAGCAGAUCUACAAGACAUUUCUGGCACGCGGCGCCCCGCGUUGGAUCAACAUCGACGGAAAAACAAUGGAAAUCACAGUGAAGGGGCUGAAGCACCCACACAGAUACGUUUUGGAUGCAGCCCAAACUCACAUAUACAUGCUAAUGAAGAAGGACUCAUAUGGGCGGUACCUAAAAUCUCCAGUUUUUAAGGAAACCUUAAAGAAAGCCGUCAAUCCUGAAGAGCACAAAUUCAAUGAAGUCCAGUUGGAGCAGAACGCCAGGAACAGACGGCCCAGUCUCAGUCCCAUCAUCAUCCGACAGCAGGAGCAGGAGCAAAGGGCCAAGAUGGCCGCCAGUGCCCCCGUUGACAUUACACAGGUCAUGAGCAAACUCAGCAAGCAGGGCAAGGAGAUGGGUCCACGCCAUUCCAAGUGAAAACACCUCCCAGUUCGGCGACAAACAGGAUUAGCAUUUGAAUUAUUCAUGUUUUUUUUUUUUUUUUUUUUACUUUCACAGAGGAUUAGUUUUAGAUUAAAAGCUGUUUUUACUUUAAUAAUAUUCAUUUUGGUCUCACAUUGCUGCGUAAAAUACUCAUUUAGAAAUGGAAAUGUGUGAUAGUGAAGCUUUAACUUUUGGAGACUAGAUUUCAUGUGAAAUAUCUUCAAAAUAUGAAAUAUUAAAUUAGACAAAAACUUGAAUAAAAUAGAAAUAGUUAUAUAUUUUGUUUUUGUUAAGCCUCUUUAUCAGUCAGGCAUAUUUAACUUAGGAACACUGAAAAUGUUUUCUGUUGAGCAAACCUGUUUUCACAAAACUGAGAAGUAAGGAUAGCACUUUUUUGUGUGUGGUGUUUGGUCAAUAGCGGUGCACCAUGAAUGUCUGACAUGAGGCCCUUCAGAAAAAAAAGAUAACACUUGCUAAAUUACAGUUGAAUUAUGAUGAGUAAUUACAGGCAGAGGACCAAAGUCUGAUGUCUUAUCAGUGGAAGCUGCCAUUGUUUCUCACAUUGUGUGUUCUAUGUCGGGGGUUCCCAAAGU